AUGUCUUACACAGCAACCAGUACCCCUACCACUCAUGCCGGUCUCAAACCGGCGCGUUUCCACUUAGUGCCCGGGACACGAAGAAGCUCGGCGUUGCCUGCCACAACUGGGACCUACCACACAACAUCCACCGAAGAGCCCGGAGGCACAUCGUCCCGAAUCGGAUCGUUGUCCGGAGUGAUCUGGUCGCUGCUCAGCGGAGGAGGACGUACUGAGGGGACGCGAGCCACGACUGGUACCGGAAAGCCGCCUUCCAGUAAAGCUACAGUGGAAUUUUUGGGAGCAGGAACAGUCCUUGCUGACACCAAAGACGAGUCCUUGUGUCGACCUGGAUCCAGCACUCUGGUCGACACCGUCGAAGGAGGCUAUGAUACCAAGAUGGCAAAGGAGGAGACGAAUUGGAAUGAUGAGGCGGGCACCCGUGAGCUUGAUGGAGAAGCAGAGCAUGCAACGGGAAGCUCCACACCAGGAAAACCCAGCCUCGAAUCCGAAGGGAUCUCCGUGCGCGACUUUGCCUCCGCCCAGCCAGCGCUCUCAUCCAAAGAUCUCCAGCAGUGCAGGGAGGACCUGAGGCAGAAUUGCGAAAACGAUCCCUCUCGACCACCUCCACCAGACCUUCCUGAGGGGGGAACGCUCCUUGACAAGGAAACCAAAGAGGCCAACCGGAGGUAUUGGGAAGCUAGGACGGGCAAAGUCUUCGGGUCAUCGUCAGAAGGAGAAAGUGACGAGGGGAUACCAGCUGGCGGUGAGGGAAGUCUCUCGUCGCCUGGUAGGCCGAGCAACGCACUAGAAGAUUCCUUAAAUGAAUUGGACUCGACGAGAAACUCUAUGGCUGUCUCAGCUCCUAUUACACCCUCGUUGCAGUCGGUCGAAAAUGACCCGGGAACAAGGCUGUUAGAAGAGCCGGACGAGGAAUCCUCUGAUGAUGAGGAGAUGGGCCUUACGAUGCGAAAUGUGGGCAAGCACACUAGAAUGUAA